AUGGCGCCACCUGGCACGCUUGGGAUGGGCGGCAUGGCGGACGACCAUCUGGGCCCGCCUCCCCCCGGAUCGGGCAUGCGCAGCCUCGGCGGAAUGGACCUGGCGGGUCCGCCCAUGCCGCGCGGGCCGGGGGGUCCGCCGAUGCCCAUGCCUGGCGGGAUGGGCGCGCCGGGGGUGGGUCCGGGGGGGAUGCCGCCGAUCGACAUGCAUCCGGGGGACAUGCCGAUCCCGCACGACGCGUCCCCCACGCUCUACAUCGACAACCUGCCGCCCGACUGCUCGCGCCGCGAGGCCUGCCACAUAUUCCGGCCGUUCAUCGGGUUCAAGGAGGUGCGCCUCGUGCCCAAGGAAGUGCGCCGGGGCGGGGAGCCCGAGAAGCUCAUCCUCUGCUUCGUCGACUUCGCCGACGCGCGCUGCGCCGCCACGGCCCUUGAAGCCCUGCAAGGGUACCGUUUCGACGAGAACGAUUACACGUCGCCGAACCUGCGAAUCGAUUUCGCCCGCCAGGGCCCGCGCAGCCACCCGCGCGACGACUUCCGCCGCGACGACCGCGACUUUGGCCGCGGCGGCGGCGCUGGAGGGCCCCCCUUCCGCCCCCGCCGCUAA